AUAUUUGAAGCGAAAGCGACCGCUUUCAAACCUAUCCAGAACUUUCCAGAGGUAAACCGUGAGAAUACUGACAGCGCGCUCAUGGCAGAGGAUAAGAGAUUUACUGACAGCUUUAUAGACGAGGACCCGAAACGAGCUCUUGAGGAGCUGAACGCAGCUUUAGGAGAGACAGCUGAUAAUGCAGAAUGGCUUUGUCAGCGAGCAUAUGCACACAUUCUGCUGAAGGACUACAACAGAGCAGUCGAUGAUGCUAAGAAAGCACAGCAGUUUCAACCUGGUAUGGCCACUGCCUUCCUGAGAACAGGAAUAGCAGAGUAUCAUCUCAACCACAUCAGUGCUGCACACCAGGCUUUUACAGCUGGACAGGGUCUGGAUGGUUCCAAUGAAGCCUUUCAAACAUGGAUAAAGAAAUGUGAAGAGAAAAUGGCAACACAAAACGAAAACGAAAGCUCAGAUUCGCAGCAAGCAACAACCCCCCAUGUCAAACGUGACUGGUACCAGACAGAAUCUCAAGUCACUGUUACCCUAAUGGUGAAGAAUGUCAAGAAAGAGGACGUCAGUAUUACUUUUCAUGAAAGAGAGCUGAAAAUGUUGUUGAAGCUGCCAUCUGGAGAGGAUUACUGCCUAGAUAUACACCUUCUACACCCUGUGGUUCCUGAGCAGAGCACUUACAAGAUCCUGUCCACCAAGGUGGAGAUUAAGAUGAAGAAGACUGAAGCCAUUCGGUGGGAGAAGCUGGAAGGUGAAGGCAACCUUCCCAACCUGAAGCACUUCGCUUCCUCUCAGAACCAAUACCCAUCGUCUUCCCACUACACCCGCAACUGGGACAAGUUAGUGGGAGACAUCAAGGAGGAAGAGAAGAACGAGAAUCUGGAAGGAGAUGCUGCGCUUAAUAAGCUGUUCCAGCAAAUCUACGGUGACGGCUCUGAUGAGGUCAAGCGAGCCAUGAACAAGUCCUUCAUGGAGUCAGGCGGUACAGUUCUCAGCACUAACUGGACAGACGUGGAAAAACGGAAAGUCGACGUGAAUCCCCCUGAUGAUAUGGAAUGGAAGCCAUAUUAAACAGCAUUUGGACAAUGACAUCGACAGACACAGUAACGUCAUUACCAGAAAGCUCUUCUCUGUACUUUCAUCAUGUCCUCUGUAUGAGAGAGUAAACUGGAACUAAAUUAAAACCGUUUUUAAAAUAUG